UAAUCAAUAGUUUCAAAGAAAGGCCGAAUCUGGAUAGUAAUUUUAAGUUCAAUGAGCGUAAAAUGAAAUAAACUCGAGAGUCAUAGUACCGUUCACCUAGCUAAAAACUUGAACCCGAGUUAUAUCACUAAUGAACUAGACAAAAUCAAAUAAACAAAUGUACGAAGAUGCGAACAAAGAAAUGUCGAUUGACUUCCUACAUUACAUGAACAGUAGGUUUAAACUCAGCAGGGAGAAUGAUAACAUGAGACGGAAAAUCUUCCUCAACUACAAAAACUCAGAUCAGAACAAACUCGCAACACGAAUGAUGAAGGAAAAGAAUUUCAGAAUUAGGAGAAAGGAAGCCAAGAUAAAACGGAAAAUUGAUAGACAGUUUCAGCCAGGCAAAACUAACCUUUACAAAGCUAUCCAGAAGAACCUUGAAGGGGGGAGAAGGAACCUCAAUGAUCACUUCAAGAGAUACCAAGAUGAGACCUCAUGGUUUGACUUUGAGAAGUUUUAUUGCUCUCUCAAAGCUAAAUAAUGUCAAACAUUCUCCAAACGAGAAAGAUGCUAAAAUUUUUCUGGAAACAGAUCAAUUCUCUAAAAGUUCAGAAGAAACUGAGAGUCUGAGAUCAAAACAGAAAACAGCGGGGUCCAAGGUCAAAUCUAAAAAAUCGACUACGAAAAUAUAAGGAAAAGUUCCACUAAGACUGGAAAGAGCUCUCUGAAAAGAAAAUCCACUAAGGCUCUCAGUAAGAAUACAAUUCCAGAGGUAAUCCCAGAGGUACAGGAGAAUAGCCCCAAAUCAAAGAAGAAUGAUGCUAAGAUGGCUGAAAGAACAAAGAUGACAAAAUAAGUUGUUGGCUAAAUCAAUUCUUAAGUUCAUAAACCCCAAAACUAUUAAAGCAAAGUCCUUCAAAAAGAAGAAAGAAAAUUUGCUUCAGAUCAAGAAGAAGGUGAAUUCAGGGUUUAAGCAGAAAUCUACUAAAACCCAUAAAUUCACAGUUGAUUCUCUAGGUAAUAAAUCUCCCAACUCAGGAGAGAUGUUGCCAAAGAUCAGCAAUGCAUCUCUAGAAAGCAGGGGUCUUGCUAGCGAAAGUGGGAAACAAAUUAUGCAUCAACGAAGUAAUUUCUCUAAUACUGCAAAAGAAAAAGUGAAUAAACCAAAAUCUAAAAUAAAAGUACAAAAGAGUAGUUUUUUGACAUCGCCCAGGGGAAAUUUCAGCUUUAGAAAGAGAAGUGCGACGAUCGCUCCCCAAUUUAUCAUGAAUAACUAGGUCUGAAAUGGAUUUUUCUUAUUAAAAUUUAUAACACAGCUUAUAAAAUUU